AUGUCAAGAAUCGUAUCGGGAUGGGAAGCAAAAGAUGGCGACAUUCCUUACCAACUAUCUCUCCGUAUGGUAGGACCAGCUGGUACCGUCAAUGCCUGUGGUGCUACUCUCAUACACAAUGAAUGGGCUCUGACAGCCGCUCAUUGUACUGCUAACCGCGUUACUGUGAUCAUCCGUGCUGGUGGUGUCUCCAUCACUCGACCAGCCGUUAUCUUCGAGACCACCGACUACUACAACCACCCGGAAUACAUCGAAGAACUCCAGCGAGUCCAACCUCAUGAUAUCGGUCUGAUCAGGCUGAACCGAUUCCUUAAAUACAAUGCCUUUAUUCAGUCCGUAAGGCUUCAGAGUUCUGUAGACAAGAACAAGGAUUACAGCGGUGUCAGGCACCAGGCCAGCGGAUGGGGCAGAACAUGGACCAACGGUGCUGCUCCUAAGAUUCUUAACUGGGUAUACCUUCGUGGUGUGUCAAACGAAGCUUGCAAGCAAACUUACGGUGUUGGCAGCAUUAUUGUCGACUCUACUAUCUGCGCAAGCGGCUACAAUGUUACCAGUCAAUCUACCUGCCAGGGUGACAGCGGUGGUCCUCUCGUAACAGAAGAUGUUGACGGUACCAUCACCCAAGUCGGUAUCUCAUCCUUCGUGUCCAGCACUGGCUGCCAUACUGACUUCCCUGCUGGUUUCAUCCGUCCUGGUCACUAUCAUGAUUGGUUCCUUGAGGUCACUGGCAUUAACUUCGACUGGGAUCCAAAUCAGUCAAUAACAACUUCGUCUUCUCCUGAAACAACUGAAACCGAUGCGACUACUGCUACUCCUGGAGAAGAAGAAGAAGAAGAAAUUAGCGAGGAGGGUGAUGAAACUAGUGAGGAGAAUGGUGAAACUAGUGAAGAAGGAGAUGCAACAAGUGAAGAAGGGGAUGAAGAGGGUCAAGAAGAAGAUGAGAAUGAAGAAGAAGAUGGCAACGAAGAAGAAGACGGCAACGAAGAAGAAGAUGGCAACGAAGAAGAUGGAGACAAUGAGGAAGAAGGCAAUGGAGAAGAAGAAGAGGGAGAUAAUGAAGGAGAAGGGGACAACGAGGAAGAACAAGCUUAA